AUGGCAUCCCAAACCAUCGAAAGCCACCGUGCCGGUGCUGACGUCAUCAAUGGCGACGCUUCUGGCAAGAAGAGGUGCAUUGAGCUGCUCCAGGAGCUCGGCAUUCCCAAGGGCCUGUUCCCCUUGGACGACAUCGAGGAGUUCGGCUACAACCGCGCGAACGGUUUCAUGUGGAUUCUUCAUAGGAAGAAGAAGGAGCACACCUUCAAGAAGAUCAAGCAGACCGUCUCCUACGCCACCGAGGUGACAGCGUUCGUCGAGAAGGGCAAGCUGAAGAAGAUUGCCGGGGUGAAGACCAAGGAGCUGAUGCUGUGGCUCAGUGUGGUCGAGGUCUAUGUUGAGGAGUCAUCUGCUGGGAAGAUCACCUUCAAGACCGGAACUGGUCUCUCUGAUAGCUUUGAUGUGUCAGCCUUUGAAAUUGAUAUAUAG